GCGCGGAUUAAAAACCUCACUAAUCCAUAUUACUGCUUCUCUUCUCUUACGCUUUUUCCCUUUCAUGGACGCAUCCUUGGCGCAGAAGCGACAGCUGGACUCCACCACAGCAGAUACUUCCACUGCUUCCACUCCCACCAAGCGCCGCCACCAAUUACAGUCUUCCUCUGCAACUCCGCCGUCCAAUACCUUCCGUACACCACCGCCGCCUCCUUUUCUGAAGCUCGCUCCUAGUGAAGCCUUUUUCCGUAUCCUCUGUCCGGCGGACAAAACCGGCGGCGUCAUCGGAAAAGGCGGCGCCAUCAUCCGCCAGGUCCGAGAGGAGACCGGAGCUAAAAUUCGUAUCGACGAUUCACUUCCCGGCUGCGAUGAGCGCGUUAUUGUUAUAAUAGCCGACUCGACGAAGAAAGAGUGCAGCUCAGCUGCUAAUUCCAGUGCCGAAGAAUUAGCAAAUUUGGACGACGAGUCAUCGUCAUCGCAGGCUCAGCGGGCGUUGAUUAGAGUUUUCGAGAGGAUAUUGAAGGUGGACGAGGAGCGGAAUGCGGAAGGGGAGGGGAGGAAGGAUGAAUGUAGUGAUGUGUCGGGUCCACAGGGAGUGGUUGUUUGUAGACUGUUAGCACCGAGUAAUCAGGUUGGCAGCGUGCUAGGCAGAGGGGGGAAGAUUAUUGAGAAGAUAAGACAGGAGGCUGGAGCUCAAGUUAGGGUUUUACCUAAAGAUCAGUUGCCUGCUUGUGCUUCACCUGGUGACGAGUUAAUUCAGAUAACCGGAAGCUUUUCAGCUGUGAGAAAAGCUCUGUUGUCUGUUUCAAGUUGUCUUCAGGAUAACUCGAGGAUAGAUUCAGUAAAUGCCUCUACCCCAAAAUUUUCAGCAAUGUCACAAACUGGAACUGGUUAUCACACUCCAGAUCAGUUUUCAAGGAGUUCUGGUGUUGAAAGUGCUGGAAUCAACCACAGGAUGGUCUUGGAGGAAGAGAUUGUGUUUAAGGUGUUGUGUCCGGUUGACAAAGUUGGAAACUUAAUAGGAAAAGGAGGCUCAAUUAUAAGGGUGAUGCAGAAUGAAACUGGUGCAUCUAUCAAGAUUGCUGAUUCAGCAUCUGAUUUAGAUGAAAGAGUUGUUGUGAUAUCUGCUAGGGAGAACCCAGAGCAAAGAAAUUCCCCUGCUCAGGAAGCUCUUCUUCGUGUACAGGCCAGAAUUGCUGAGAUUGGAUUUGAACCAGGAGCUGCAGUUGUUUCAAGGCUUCUGGUACAUGCACGUCACAUGAGUUGUCUCUUUGGUAAUGGAAGUAUUCUAAUUGCUGAAUUGCGACGACUCACUGGUGCUAGUAUACGUAUUUUUCCUAGAGAACAUUCUCCAAAAUAUGGUUCCCACACUGAAGAAAUUUUACAGGUUAUUGGGAGCAUGCACUCUGUCCAGGAUGCUUUGUUCCAAAUUACUUGUAGGCUUCGUGAUACAAUGUUUCCUAUGAAGCCGCAUAUUUCAAAUAUUGCCCCUUCGCAUUUUCCCUCCUAUUCUGAAAUUCCAUCCCCAUCAUUCAGGCCAAGGCACGAUCCUGCUUCUCCUAGUUACCGCUCACCUGCUGGCUACCCUCAUGAUCGUGCUCCCCAUUUCCAUGGCUAUGAAAGACAAGGACAUGUUCCAUUUUUUGAUAGACCUCCUUCACCUGGAAGAUGGGGUCCUCAGGCAGUCAAUUCUAGAUAUACAGCUGGAGUGGCUGAUUUAAGUGGAGGCUUUGCCUUGAAGAAUGGCCACAGUGGCAGUGAGACGGCAACACCUAAUUUGGCAGGCAUUGUUAUUGAAGUUGUAAUUCCUCAGAUGUUGUUAAAACACGUGUAUGGAGAGGAUUCUAGCAACCUUAGUGAUAUAGCAAGGAUUUCAGGUGCUAAGAUAGUAGUUCAUGAUCCUGUAGCCAAUUCUGCAGAAGGCACUGUUGUUGUGUCGGGGACACCAGAUCAAGCACGAGCCGCUCAGAGCCUUAUUCAUGCCUUCAUUUUAUCUGAGCAGAAUAUGUAGAACUUCCUUCUUUAUCAUGUUACUAGAGGUAACCUAUGUGGUGGUUUCUUUUUGUUUUUGUUUUUGUUUUUGUUUUUUAGGAGCGAUAUCAAGUACUUAACUCAUGUUUCCUUUUUCAAUUCAGUUGGCACGUAUUUUUGAUAGUAAAAUAAGUGUAAACAAUUGUCAGAAAAACAUGUGGGAAAGACAUAAGGUAUGUGAGAAUUAUCACUCGAGGGGCUAAAGGAAAAAGCCUUAAUGAAGUGGAAAGAAAGAGAAUAUAGAAAGAGAUCCUUUGGGAGGGAAAAAAGUUAGUUGUCUUUUCCAUCAUAUUUGGAUAUUGGAGUAUUUUGGAGGCAAAAUCUGUGCAAGUCUACAUAGAAAACGACGAGCACAUGAAUUUAUCAAUUCAUAUGAUUCUUGUAGCAUGUGGAGUAUUAUCAUGUGGGUCUAUAAGAAAGACAAGACGUAGAUGUACCCUUCUAUUAGUUUUAAAUCCUUGUGAUUUCCUUUAACUAGAUAAAUAGGUAGUAAAAAAUGUUGAGUGUAUACAUGUUGCUAACACUCUGUUGAGCGUCGAAUUGCUUGGACACUAUCAUAUGCAUGAACAAUCAUAGAAUUGUAUAUUGAUUAGAAAUUUAUUGAACUGUUCAAUGUCUUUAAUGUGACAAAAAAUAGAUUUGUACC